AUGUCCACAGAAAGUGAUGAUGAUGAUAAUGACAGUAAUAAUAAUGAUGAUGAGAGGAGCUGGACUCUUGGUGAUGACCUUUUUGCAUCAUUUCUCCAAAGAACAGAUUUGAUUCUGGAACAAUUUGCCCUUAGUGGGUUUGAGAAUGUUACAACAAAUGCUCUGAAGCACUUCUUGGAGCAUGUUGGGUCAAAUAUAAAAGUUUUAGAUCUGAGUGAACUUCAAGCAAUUACAGAUGAAGUUAUUGAGAAAGUAGUUGACACCUGCCCAAGUUUAGAGGAUGUGUGUUUGAGCCAUUGCAAGUUGACUGAUCAAGGAAUCAAUAGAUUUUGUGCCAAAUGCAGGGCACUUCAAUCAGUGAACUUUAGUGGCUGUCAAGACAUCACAGAUGAUUCAGUUAUUGCUCUUUCUACAAACUGUUCCUCACUGAGAAAAGUACACUUAAGUUGGUGUGUGAAAUUAACUGAAAAAUCAUUAGAUGCAUUGGUAACAAACUGCCAAGACUUGACAUUUGUCGACAUGUCACAGUGCACAAUUAGACAUUUACCAUUUGAAAUUUUAGAGCAUUUUUCACUUCAGGAAAUCAAAGUUGAAGGAUGCAAAGGUCUCAGAUGUCCACCUUUAGAUAUUGCAAACAAAGGACUUGAAUCUUGUCGGCAAUUUCUGAAGAAGUGUAAUUUACAAUCCUUGUGUCGAAUGACAUUCCUUGGAAAUCAAGGAAGUGGUAAAACAAGUUUAAUGUUGAGUCUUCCCACAAUGUCACAGUCAGUUGCUGAUACUUCAACAGAAGGGGUUCAUGUUGGAACUUGGAGGCCAUUUAAGAGUGGCAAAGGUUGGAGAUAUUUUCCUGUUAUAAUUUGAUUAAGCAUACUAAUUUUCUUGAAAAGGCCACCAUUUUCUAUUAUUAAUAACCCUUUAACUCCCAAGAUAUGAGUAUAAAUUCUCCCUUCUAACUGCUACACAUUUCCUCGUAAGUUAGUCAUGAGAACUUAGAUCAAGGUAACAACUUCUAACUGAUAAGUUUGAGUACUUUUGUUACCUUUUUGCUGGCCAUGGGUAAUAUACAGUUUUUACAAGGAGAAGUUAAAUUUUAGUCACUUCUGUGAUCCAGGUUUGAUCCUUUAUCUCGUCAUUGCACAUACACAAACAGUGCCAGGCUCAGAGUAAGAUUCCAGAGAGACUUUCUUCUUGCUUGUCCAACUCCAAAAUUCUUGAAACAUCAGGAUCAGGUGUAGUCAGGUUUGAUCCCCUAUCUCGUCAUUGCACAUACACAAACAGUGCCAGGCUCAGAGUAAGAUUCCAGAGAGACUUUCUUCUUGCUUGUCCAACUCCAAAAUUCUUGAAAUGUCAGGAUCAGGUGUAGAUGGAUGCUGAAAACCUUAACUCUUUACACCCUAACAUAAAUAUUCCUAUAUUCUCAUUACUUUAAUUUCUCUUUACAAAAAAUAUGGCGUUACCGAGAAGUCAAUUUGUUUGACAUUUGGGAGCUUUGUAAAUUGGUGAUCAUUUCCCAUAAUCUCAUGACCUUUACAUUUGAUCCAAGGGUGAUAUUGUAAGGAGAAAUUAGAAGCCAGUCAACCUCAGGGGUUUAAGGGUUAACCCUUUACACCCUCUCAUCAGUAUGCAUAUUCUCCAAACUGUUCUCCAUACAUUUCCAAAGAGGCAGACAAGGAGAAUUUGUUUAACAAUCAAGAGCUGCUUUAGUUGGUGAUCAUCUCCUCUAUUCUCAUGACUUUUAUGUUUGAUUCAGGGGUGAUAUUGUAAGGAGAAUAUAGAUGCUAGUCUUUCUUAGGGGCUAAAGGGUUAAGGGAGACCUAGCCAGUUGUUGGGAGUAAUGAUACGAUGGACUGGCAUUCCAUUCUGGGGGAGUGGUAAAAUUCUCCAUUGUUUAUCUAUGAUAUAUUAGAAACACAAGAUAGGAAAAUAUUUGACAAGGUAUAACAUCAAGAGAAACAUCCUCUGAGAAACCUUAUGCCAAAACUGAAGGUCACUGAGUACAAUCUAAGACACAGAUCUAGUUACCAGCCAAAAUUAUAGCCAGAUUAAGUGAAGAACUCCUAUUUUAAUAGCCUAAUUUUUAAAUAUGACCUAACUUUGUUACUGGUAUUUGGUAAAUAUUUCAAAAUAGUUAGCUCUGUUAUUAGUAUGUACUGUACAAUGUAACUUAGUUCUAAAUUGAAAGUUGUGUAACAUAAGAUGUGUAGUUUUUAUCCUUAUGAAUUAACCCUUUCACCCUCAAGAGUGAUUAUCAUCUAAUUUCUCAUUACAAUAUCACCCCUUAAUCAAACAUUCAGGUAAUGAGAAUAAAGGAAAAUGUCACCAAUUAGAGAAGCUCUGGAUCGUGAAACAAAUUCUCCUCAUCAGCACCUCAGGGAAUGUAUAGGGAAAAGUAUGGAGAAUAUACAUACUGAUGUUAGGGUGAAAAUGGUUAAUAAAGACUAGUGUUAUUAUUAGUAUUGUUUCAUGUAGCAGACACUGGGAUGAGCUCAGCUGGAUGGGCUACUGGGCUCAAGUAAAGAUGUAAAGCAUCUUUGUAUCUUAAACAUUAUUUAAGAAUUUUUAACAUUACAAUUAUUGUUAGAUAUGAUGAUGUCCAAAGGUAGUAUAAAUUACAUUUGUCUAAUCUUCAGAGUCCAUCGAUCUUGGGACAGAUAUUCAGAAAAAGAUGUUGUCACUCACUGUUGAUAUGUGGGACUGUGGAGGACGAACAGUAAGUUGACAUAUUAUAACACUACUAACAUUACAGUAAAGUUAAAAGUGUGAAACAGUUGCUAUAUUCAAAGGGGGCUUUAUUAUAAACUAUCAUGGUUGUAUUGAAGAGAAUGUCUGAAGUGGUGUGGGGUAGAAAAAAGGCCCCCAUUUAUUUCCGACAUAUUGCCAGAUUCUAUCCUCCGUUAGAGUUGUACCACGGAGACAAAAUUGCUUAGUUUUUGAAGUAGACAGUCGAUGAAAGAUUUCUAUUACUUCCUAAAUGAUACAAAAUUAACAUUUUAACUCUUUAACUCCCAGACUUAAUUUGUAAUUCUCCUUACUGUCAGCUGUACAAUUCUUAUAAUGUUAGUUCAGAGAAUUUAAUAUUGGAUCAACUAAUUAUCCGCAGAUUGAUAGUUUUCUUUAUUCUAAUCACUUGGCUGGUUAAUUUUGUAUUGAUAUUGUAAGGAGAAAUUCUCUCUUAGUCACUCAUGGUAGUUAAAGGGUUAAACAAUCUUUUGUGUGUUCCUUUUUUUCUGCAGUGUCUUCAAGGUGUCCAUCCACUCUUUCUUUGUGAGCAGGCAUUGUAUGCCAUUGUGUUUGAUAUUCACAAUCCAUUUAAACUGGAAUCUGUUGUAUCAUGGAUGUUACUCAUGCGAUCAAAGGUGGGGACUUUGAUAACUGUCUGUACUACUUCUUGUGUGACAAAUUUUUAAAAUAACAUCAUUAUACAAAAACUUCAACUUAUAUGAACUCUUUUUUAGGCACCCACUUCACCAUUUAUUGUGGUUGGAACACAUGCUGACGAUGCUGAUGAUUGGCAAGAGCUUAGCAAGCAAGUAAUCCAGGCUGUCAAGAAGGCAGACUCCCAAUGCCGACAAGAAUACCAAGCUGAAAUAAACACGUUAAGGUAAGUGGUGGUUGCGUUAAAAAUUUUUUUAUCUGCAGAUUAUUUGGAAACAAUAGCAAACAUAAAAUGUGCUCAAAAACAUCAAAAUUUCCUGCUCAUGGUUAAUAGGAAUUUAAAACAAAAACUGAAUUUUGCUAACCACAGGUAACAAGAAGUGGAGCUUAUUUCAGACAAAAUGCAAGCAUCAGUGAGAGCAUUUUCUAUAAUGUCAACAUAGACAAGACCUAUUUUUCUCAUAAAAUAACUGCAAAGCACAAAUAAAGCCAUUUUGAAAGAUGUAAUAUUACAUUUAAUUAUUAACUCAAAUAGCAAUCUAAAUUAUUUUCAUUCUUAUGUCAGGGAUCUAGGACAGGAGAAAUGUGUGGAGUCAAGAAUAAACAGACUGCAAAACCUGGUUGAAAAUUGGUCCAAACUACCAGAACAUGUGUACUUUGUUAGUACAUUGAAGGGAAAAGUAAGCAAAUGUUGUUUUCCUGUAGAAGAAAAGUUUACUUUGUGUACAUUGUUUUGCCAGCACAUAAGUAAAACAAACUGCACAUGAUCAGAAAUUUUGAGUAAGCUAAUUUUUUUUUUGUGUGAUAAAAAAUUUCCUCAAAUCAAUCAAUUGUUUACAGAUUGUAGUUUUUUUCUGCCCUAUGUUGAGCUAAAUCUCAAAUUUUUUAUCCAGUUCAGUGAGUUUACUAUUUGUCUUUCUUAGGGCAUGCUAGAACUUCAGCAUGCAAUUACUGAAACACUGCUGGAUGGCCAGCUGUUUCCACACCUGGCAGAAGAGAUAAGCAACAGUAUUGUAUACCUGUACAGUUCAAUUCUUCAGUUGCGAGAUAACAAUUCAGUGCUGCUGUCUUGGGAUCACUACCUUCAGGUAGCAUCAGAUGCAGGGAUCACAGAUGCUGACAUUGAACAAACCACAGCUGUGUUAGAGUAUAAGGUAGUGUUGAAAUAUAAAAAAAUUUAUUACUUUAAAUUGAAAUUCUUCGGCUAAAUGUUGAACUCAAUUCAUUUUCAAGUCAGUUACAGUGAGUAGCAGUAAACUUUAAAUUUUGCUGAAGCCUUUUGUUGCAGGCAGUAUGUGGUUAAAAGCACCCUCUUUCCCUGUUGUCACUAAUAACAUGGUUGGCGUUAUGGCAGUAUGUGGUUAAAAGCUCCCUCUUUCCCUGUUGUCACUAAUAACAUGGUUGGCGUUAUGGCAGUAUGUGGUUAAAAGCUCCCUCUUUCCCUGUUGUCAUCAAUAACAUGGUUGGCGUUAUGGCAGUAUGUGGUUAAAAGCUCCCUCUUUCCCUGUUGUCACCAAUAACAUGGUUGGCGUUAUGGUAGUAUAACCUAAUGACAUGCAUCCUCUUCUCCCCUCCCCCCCCCCAUUUUUCUUGCACACUCAAACCAGGAGUUAGUCUUCUGAGACACAGUUAAUCAAUCUGUGGAAAUUAAAUGAAAGCAGGAAGGGCCUUAAGGGAGUGCAACGGAAAGGAAAUUAAAUGCUUGCUAGCACAACUCAAAAAUUAGUUGAGGCACUUUGGAGGCAUUUAUCACUUAUCAAACUUAGCAGUCAGGGACCAAAAUGAAGGUGGAGGGGGGGGGGGGUUGGUUCCCACCCUUUCACUCACAAAUUCAAAUUUCCGUCACAAAUUUCCGAUGGCAAAAUUGUCAUUGGUCUAAUUUUCUGUUUGUUUUCAAUGAGUUAUUAAUAAUUACUGCACUUUGUUUUUGUUUUGUUUUUUUUUAAUGUAUUCGACAGGGUUGCAUUCUCGUUCUCAACAUCCCAUCGUCUCAGCACACCCAGGGUCCUUCCAAGAUUGUCUGUGUGAACCCAAGUGCUCUUUUAAACUGCAUGGCAGGGGUCCUCUGUGAAACAGACCCACGUGAGUAUGUACCUCAGUUUGUCAAGGCUGGAAAAGUUGAGAAGUUCUGGCCAACCGGCGCCCGGCCUAAUGAAUGGACACUGAGAGCAGCCAUUGAUGAUAUUGUAACUAAAGGACUCGUGCGGGAGUCUGUGGUACCCCUAUGUUUCCAGGUGAGAUGAGAGAGCAGCAGCAGUUAGCAGUUAGAGAGAGAAGAAGGGCGCAAUAGAGGAAGGGGUUUUGAGGGAGAGACCCUGCGCAAGCUCAGCUGUUGAGUGCUUUUUGACUUACUUGGGUCGGAUCAGGCGUAAUUUGGGCGGGCAAGCGCUCAGUAUUUUCUUGCUGAAAAUCAUAGCUGCCAUCUUGAUUUUUAUAGUAGCAAAAGGCUUGGGAGGGAACGAAAAUUGUACCCAUGGUCACAACGAAUGAUAGAGGAGGGACUGGGGCCUUUUCCCACCCCUACCCCCCACCAUUCAUUCUACCUCUAAAUCAAAUAUGCGGGGGCGAACAAACGAUCGCGAACUUGUAACGUUAACUCGCCUUGCACUGCAGGCUUCUUCAGGUCUUAAGUCCAACUAAACGUGACUUUUUUCAAUUCCUUUAACGAGUCGUAUCAUCUUUUUUUUGCGGCUUAAAUGUCAGAUACCAUCAUUACUGGACGAGGAAGAGCUACAGAAUAUUAUCUCCUUAUUAAGAAGCCUUGGUUUCCUCGUGGAAGGUGCUCCUAAAGGGAAUUAUGAUGUGGAACUUGUUAUGUCACAGUACAAAUCGUGUUCAGUUUUCAAGAGAUAUUACAUUCCACUUAUGACCAAGCUUCCAGAAGAAUUAAAGGUGUGUAGAUGAAAUUCUCUUCGCCUUUUACCUUUAACACCCAAACAUCAAUAUGCAUAUUCUCCGUAGUGUUUUCCAUGAGUUUCCUGAGGCGCUGAUAGGAGAAUUUGUGUUUAACAAUUAAAAGCUUCCUUAGUUGGUAAUCAUUUCCUUAAAUCUUGUGACGUUAAUAUUUGAUUCAUGGGUGAUAUUGUAAGGCGAAGUUAGGUGUUGUCACUCUUAACCCUUCAUCUCCCAAGAUCUCAUCAGUAAUUCUCCUUACUGUCUGCCAUAUAAAUCUUGUGAUGUUACUUUGGAGAAUUUGGUAUUGGAUCAACUAAUAAUCCCCUAAUUGAUAUUUUUCUUUGUUCUCAUCACUUGUUUGCUUGAUAUUAUAUUGAUAUUAUAAGGAGAAAUUCUGCCUUGAUCACUCAUAGGAGUUAAAGGGUCAAAGGGUUUAGAAAGAGGUGAAGAAUAGAAAGAAUGAAUAAACAAACCGAUACUGUGAUGUUAUUUUGGCACCUAAAAGUAAAUUAAAUGUCUUAUUUCCUCAACAUUUAGGAUACCACUGUCUGGCCCAGUUCUCCCCCUGACGGCACUAUCCAAGUUGGCUGGCGUUACAAAUUUCGCGAUCUCGUGACUGUUGAUUGUACCAAGAUGCUAAUUGGCGCAUGCGCAAACUUGAAGCCCUCUUGUGAAGUCUGCGCCUAUUGGAAUUCUGGGGUAAUUUUAAAAGUUGGUCCCGUGACCGUGCGAAUGUCACGGGACAACUCAACUCUGGACGUGAUUGGCCGAUGUAAAGUGACCAAUGGGAGCAAGCAGGCGCUUAACAUGAUGUGGUUUGUUUUGGCAAAGUUUUUCUACGGCAUAGAAACCUUGUUGAUGAACUUCAAGGGAGUUUGCCCAAUGGUAAGGGAAAUGAAACGACUCUUUAGCGAGUCUCAGAAAUCGUAGUUAUCCUGAACUGAAACGGGUAACCAACGGCUUCCCGAGUGAUAAAAAAUGCCAACCGACGAGAUAUUUAAAGAACUGAAGAAAUUUAUGGCAGGUCACCAAAGAAUUUUAGAUGUGUUUUUGUUGCCAACUGUAGAAUUUCUCAUGAAACUCAGAGAUAAUAAUUUUGUCCCACUCUCAUUACUAGACAAAAAACAUCUUUUUUCAAUUUGCUAUUAAUAUUUUUUUAGGCAUUUUUUUAGGGAUUCCUUGUGAAAAAUUGGAGAUUUGGAGAUUUCGUUUGGAUUUUAGAGCAUUUACUAGCCCCAGGCCUACGCGGAAAAGUGGCGCCAAGCGCGAAAAAAUCUAGGCGCGCGAAAAAGCCAGAUGCGCGACCAGGCGUGCGAAAUGGUACCACGAACGACAUGCACGGGAAAACGUAUGUUUAUUCAGAAGUAAAAACAAAGCCAAACAAGAUACAGCUUACUUAUCGUUUUGUUUUGACAAUAACAGGUACUUGUGCCCAUUAUUGGCUGUAACAGACCAAAGCACAAACCACUGUAUGAGCUUGUGAGUGAUUACAAUUCACAGCUGAGUCAUCAUACCAACUACCGCUGGUUCAUUCCUCCUGCAGGUCAGUUACUUGACUCCUAUGCUGCUUCCUUUCAAAGGACUGAGCUGUUAGGCUUUAAGUGAGAUUCGGCGACUUUUUUUCACAAAGUUACCCUUUAAACACUGUUUCAAUUGCAUAAAUGAAGAUGACAAGGCGCUGUUGAAAAUUACGAGAAAAGGAAUAUAUUUUAUGUGGUGCCGGGUUACAAGAAAGUUGUGCUUGUAUCGGUAUUGCGCAAUUUGAUCGAUUAUUGACAGACAAACGCAAAGUCAAAACUCCAGCCAAUCAGAACCAAGAUCAACCUUACAGGGAACCAAUGAGAGCUCAAAGUACAAAACAACCAAAUAACCUGUAGCGCGGGAAAACGCGAAGGACCAUGUUGUGAUGACAUCUGAUUGGUUAAAACUAUGAUGCGUGUUUUUUAAGACCAGUCACCGUAAGAAGCGGUGAACAACCAAAAUGUCACUCCUGCGUCAUCUUGGACACCAGUUGAAAAUGCUAUACUUUUUCUGGUUUUCUUCAGCUCUGGAUGCGGAGGAACACGCAGAAAUCCCGUCAGAUACUGUUAGCUGGCUGGCAAACAUUGCAUGUAAGUGUCUCUCUGCUUCUAUGCUGCAGUUUUAUCACGAAAAUCCUUACAAAUGACGAUAUGAUAUAUAAUAUAAUAUAAUAUAUAAUGACGGCAAAAACUUGUUUUUCAGCGUUUACCAAGCGCAUUGUAAGUGAUCAGUUUGGAAGCAAUUUUUUAUUCAGAAUAUUUCACGAUGAACUUCGUUUGAUGAGCUUCAUGUAAUGAACGAGCUCCAUUUGUCUCCCAUUUCAGGUAAAUCCUUGUUGUACAUCAGUUAUCAUGCGGACCAACAACAUGAAGUCAAACUUCUAAAGCAGUCUUUAGACUUAGCAGGAUUCGAUUGCGUGGGGGACUGGAUAUUAGUGGGAAAGACAGGCCAGGAGCUGAAUGAGAAGCGACGGAACCUGAUCGCUGGCUCAUCAUUAUUCCUUGCAUUUAUCACUCCUCAGUAAGUAUCCUUGGCAGCCGAGAGAAGAUAGCCAAUACCAUGCGCAUUCGUGAAACCCUAAAAUAGGGUGGAGGUCCUCGCGCCCAGGCUUCGCGCCUGCAAGACGCAAAUUUACAUGAGCACCGCGCCAAUACUCAAGGAGAAGAGGGAGAGUGUAAGAGAAUUUUAGGUGGAGUCUGCCCUCCGGGACAAACACUUUUCUGACUUGUUUGCGACAACAUCCGUUCUUAUCGUUAGCUUGUUCUAGACAAAAAGUUUUGAAGACUAUAUGUUAUUUUUUUUAACUCGAGUGAAGAUUGGACGAAAAUUUUCGGAUACCGCAAAUUUGGCAAGGCUUUCUCUUUGAAAAACUGAAACUUUUUAACUGCUAAGAGAAUUUUUAAUGAAUGGUGGGAUCGAAUUGGUUACCAAGGUUACGCUGUUGUGCUGUGAACUUGUUCUGCGCCCCUGUAGUUGCAAUGGAUAAUCGCCUUUUGUCGUUCGGUUUCUUAGCAAUUAAGCUCAGUAUGUUCGUCUUUGAGUAUUGGCGCUAUGGAGAUUGCACGAAAUGUGUUUGAUCACUCUUUAAUAGAACUCAUAAUCGUGUUGCAUCUGUAUUUGCUUCGAUCGAUUUAUGAAGUAGAAGAAAUGAAUACUUCUUAAAAGUCGAUUGGUUAAAUUUACGACACGUGCAUGGAAAUUGUAUUCACCUUUGAUGAAAACGAAUUUGAAGUAAUGUACUCGUUUGAAUUCAAGAAAGUGAAUGACCUUUCAACUUCAUCCAGAAUUCCAUGUUAUGCGCAAGACUACCAAACUACGAUAACCUUCUUUUUUUUGUUUUUCUUCUCUCCUGAAUUCUGUGAAGCAACUGAAAAUUAAACAACUUUCUCUCUGCUGAUUAACGUUUGAAAUUGUAAUGACGAAGCUAACUCUGUCUUUUCUCGUGUAAACAAAAUGACCAUUUUCUCUUCGUGCUGGAGAACAAUACAACUUUUAGACGCAAUAUCGAUGUUUAAGACAUGUUUUCUUGGGUAAAUGCAAAUUCCUUUUGAAUCAUGAUAAUUUGUUUUGUAUUUAUGAGUAGAACAUUAUUACGAAUGUGACCGAGCUCCACAGGCAAUGUUUUAUUCUCUCCAUGUUUUCGUCCGCAGGUGUACAAACACUUAUAAAUAGCGGAAUUUAUAAUUUUUCGUGAAACGCGGUCGGUUUAACAAAAGCCUCCAUCAGACUAAAAGAGAAAGUUCCUUCGGGAUCACAUUUAGCUCUCAUUAAGCUAUUCUAGGAUUUUGAGCCUCUUAUUUUCAAUAGUGGUCUUUCUAAGUGUUGUCUGUAUGUAAAUAUAUUUCGAUUGAGGUGUCAGCACAUACAUAUUGAUGAAUUUUCCAUUUAAAGAUCUCCGCACGCGCUGGUUAGAAAUGCUGCAAUGCCCGCGAAACUCGUGAAUAACUACUUUCUGAAAUUGGCGAUCUAAGCUUCAAGCUGGUGAAUUUCCUUUUGUGGAGAAGAAAGCAGGAGAAAUUCAACUUGAUAAGGGUUUUUAAAGCGAGUACAGUUUAAUGAUAGGAUCACACGAAGGUACUGCUCAUUUUUAUUCUCCCUCAUUGAAAAUUUUUUUUAUUUCCGUUAAUUUUUCCUGCCCAUAGUCUAAGUAAACAACAGGAAAAUUGUUUAAUAAUACCUUGGCCUUGGUUUUUUUUUUGUCCAGCAAGAGGUGGAAUCUCAUUCAAUUUUGCUUUUCGUUUAACGAUUUUAAAAAUUUUUGUAUUCCAAGCGUAAAUUUCGAUCAUUAUUUAUUUCCAUCUCUAAAAAUUAGGCUUUUUAUUAGCCAUUUAUACAUCCCUUCGACUAUUUUUCGAUCAAAUGUUUCUGCAAUAGCUUUUGAUACUGGUUUUUUUUUACUUUACAUUAAGACGUUGUGGUUUUUUCUACCGCGACAUGCUUUGAGAAUACCUUCGAUUUUUACGUUGUUAUGACGACAAGUCAGGAGCGAUGUGUUUUGGUUUCUUUUGUUUUCUUUAAUCUACGUACUAAUGUGGGAAGCUGUGUAUUACUUUAUUAGGAGUUUUGAUCACUCAGUAGAAAUAGUAAAAUAGAAUAAGAUAAACUUCGAUAAUAUGCUGGUAAACUAACCAGUUCAAUUUCGCCUCUGUUUGCUAAGUAAAUAUUCAUACAUUUCAAUUUGUUUUCUUAUCAUAGAAAAUUUUAAUAAAUUUGCGCGCCCUCUUUAUCUUGCGAAGCCAAGUUUUUGGUGGAGAAGUUGAGUCUCUCGCUUCAUUGUUUGUAAAAGUAGAAGUGUGAGCAUGAAUUAAGCACGUUAUGAUCCCAUUUUUACCAAAAAUAUUUUCUCUUUUCAAUAAUUAACUUUUGCAUCGACCUGAAAGUGUCACAAUUAAGCCUAUUAAAUUCGCAGUGUUGAAAAGUGAACUGGAUUUUUCUGGAAGUUGAAACUCCAGGUUUUGAUCCGUGCAAUAAUAUUUCGUUUGAGUUUUUUACUGCAACGAGUGAAGAAAAUUUUUUUGGUAUUUUUAAUUUUGUUGAGGGUACAUUGCCGUCGGAAAGUUUUAGUAUAAACAACAGUCGAGUGUUUUCCAUCCGACAAAAAGAAUUGUUUAUUGGGAUGGCAGGCGACUAUUGCGGUUGUCAUCCGAGUGACGUCACGGAAACCAAUCAUCUGCUUUUCCAGAUGUCUCAAAUCUUUAAGACGUUGGUAGAGAAGCGUAUCCAAGAAACAUUGAUCAAUUUAUUGUGCUUAACAUCAGUUAGCUCGCGUACUUACAAAUCAUUUCAUUCGCGAGUUUGAGCGGUGUUUUGCAUGCGAAGUGAAAUCGUCUCCGAUUGAAGAAGCGAAAUCCUGUAACAACCAAGGUUAGCGAUAAAGAGUAAUCUUUCAUCACGUACGGUAACUAUUAUUUAACAAUCCUCAUGUUCAUCUGCUUCAUUGUAGGAAAAACUCGAAAACAUCGGAGCUCUUUUUGGUCUUCUAUCGUAUUUGCUCAACGUGGCGUUAAAACUACAAGCUGCACGCUCUAAUUGUUCCAAUUUGUCAAACGAACGAUUGAAAGUUCGAACAGACGUUUUAUCGUGUCGUCGUUUCGUCCGCGAAAUCUUCUCGAGCGUCAUAUUUUGUAUGAUAAUCUGCGCAGUUCGUGAUCGCUAGAUUUCGUGGUUUCCUGAGUUAUUUUAUUAAGGACUGCUUUCUAGUCAAACCAGACAAUUCUUUAACCGAAGGUGUUCUGCAACAAUGCUUUUUCCGUCGGGCGAUGUGAAUUGUUAACAGAAGGUGACUGCCAUGUGAAAUCCUCGAGACAAAAUAUUACAAAUUUUGAUAUUUUAACCUACGGCGAUUUUUUUCGAUUUUUCUACGGAACUGAAGUAACAGCGAGUAAAAAUUUCGUUUCCCUUUUCCCAGAUUUCAGGGUUUUUUUCGUCUUGAGGAUAUUUUUAGCAAUGUUUACAGCGGCAGAAUAACAGUUGCCGCUUGUUGCCGAUGAGAGUUCUUUGAAAAAAUAACUUUUUGUGUUUACAUAGGAUUCAAUUUCAUCUCAUCACUCGUUCACUUUAAACUCGAUGGUGAAAUGAUUUUUUUUUUCGGAAAAUUUGAUCGCUUUACUUCGCGCCGCAAUCAGGAAUAAUUAGAGUGAUAAAUAUAUUCGUCUGACUCGCAAAAGCUUCAAAGGCAGUAAUCCAUUUUAUACGAGGGUUCUUUAAUUACUUCUUAUCAAUUAUUUUCACGACCGUUUAUGGUUAAGACGGGGUGCCAUUUCCGUGUAAUUAAAGUCAUUUGCAAUAGAUGAGAAAGAAGAAUGAAUCGUUCGUUUCCACACCGUAGAUUAAUGUUAGAAUUAAGAUAGAUCUCAUUUGGUUGCUGCCCUAUCGUCAAAUAAGCAAGAAGAGGUAGAUCUGUGUAGCUCCGUUCGUAUGGAAUAAACGUAACUUUAGUCUUUCUGUAAUAGAAAAAUAAAUUCUCGCAGAGAUAUCUCUUCUUUCGUGAUGGAAACACGAUAUGAUUAAAUGACGGAGAUUCCUUGCAUCAUCUUAAACAAUACUGAUCAAUGUCCACAGACAUGGUUAUUUGAGGAUCAAAAGCGUUUUUUUUUUUUUUAUCGUAGAAUAUUGAAACAAGCUGCGAUUUUCUUUUAGAUUUUUCUAUGUUUUCAUCUAAAAUGCAGCUUUUGAAACUUAAAUAUGAAUCCCCGCGGUUCGUCUUUGUAUGGAAGACAUAUUUCUCUAAUGAAGUUGCAAAGAACUUUGACCUUUGCUGCAGAGUUGGGCAAACAAACUUUCAAUAUAUUGUUUUUCGUUGUUAAUUGCUAACAACGUUGUGUUCUUCUUGCCAGUUUGAACGAUAGUUAAUCAUCUUUUUUUGAUAGAUGUCGGCUAGUGAAAGCAGUUUCAAUCUUCGAAUUGUGGCGAAAUGUCUUCGUCUUAAGCUUAUCUUUUUGAUUCAUUGAUGACCACCGCUGAGCAAAACCACAGGUGGCUCAAGUUUGCCCAGAGAGCCUCCGCAAACAUGUUAUUGAUGCCAGGUCGUUCAUAGUUCUUCUGCUAUGGAAGGCAAGGCAGAAAAGCCUUACGUGAGCCGAACGGCCGUAAAUCAGCCUGGAAAAUUUACAAGGUUCAAAGGUACAACCACCGAAGCGAGAUGGAUACUUUUUAAUCGAUGCGAGUUCAAAUUCCAAAGUCAAAAAUAGAACCGUUUGUUCCCACAAAAAUCGGUUUAAUUCGCUCGUUGCUUAAUGUUUGUAACUUAUUUUUAGUGGCCUGAGAGAAAGCCCUCAUUAUAAGCGCUGCAGGACGCGCGUUUCUCCGCCCGCGAGAAUUGGAGACAAGUCGGGCACUAACAAUGAAAACUGUAGCAACUAGAAUUUUGCAUUUGUUUAUUAUCAAGAACUGCAAAAUUAUCUUAUAUUGUUUUUUUCUUUCUAUUCAUGAAGUUUGCGUUUUUGCGUGAGGUUACGUAAGGUUUAGGUGACGCCGGUGACCAGGAUAAGCGCUGUUUUUGCUACAUCAUUUUCAUUUACUAGUUGACCUCAACAAGGGAGGUCGUUUCGUUCGCUUUUGCUUACGACGUGGUGCUUUUGUCUGAGAGUCUUUUCUACCGGACCUGGUUACGCCACAAAUCGCAAGUUCAUUUCUGUUUCAUGAAGCGUUGUCGUUAUUCUCGGCGUUAUUAUAUUUGUACUUAGAUAUCCGAAUUAAUUAUUUAUUUCAGUCGAAUUACGCUUACACGUUUACACAUUUACACAUCAUCCAUCUUUAUAUUUGUCUAUCUGGGAGUUAUUAAACGUGCAUUCAAGUUUGGCGUGAACCUGUAAUAUUUAGCUGCAAGACCCUUGCCGGCCUCAUACUUUCCUACAGGCGAAGAGAAACGCUUGUGCUGAAGCGUUUAAUAGAGGGUCUCAAAGGGGUGAGGGCUUUUACGUCUAACGAGUAAAAUUUUGGCCAAUUUACGGCUAACGGUUAACGCCUUUCCAUUGUUUCCACCAGACAUUUUUUUCACGGUUAACUUUUUUUAACGACUAACGGUUAAAAUUUGUCAACCUACCAGCUUAAUUUUUCGGUCGUUUGGCGGCUAACGGGUAACCCCAUUGAGAACCUCUUGAUAAUCAGGGCCUGCCCUUUGGCUAAAUUCUAAAACUCUUUGCGGUGGCCAAUUUGCAUUUUCAAGUUAAAUGAUAGAACCAAAUCAUCUUGCAACACCCUCCACUGACGCAGCACCUCAGUUUCCAUAGAAACUUACCCCCUUUUAUACUUGUAUGGAUGAGAAUGAAUAAUUGAAGUUUAAGGGUGGAGCCAACAUCGCAUGGCCAUGAGUGGGCUCGUCGGCGUAUAGAUCGUUCUAAGAAAAAUUGUUAAUCCCUAAAUUUUCUUUCUAUAACUUCAGAUAUCUUGGCUGGUGUCGUGCAUCACAGGAAGUGAACAAGGCCUUGUCUCAUACCAAGCCUCUCGUCUCUGUCCUUUUUGAUAAAUCCACUUGGGACUCUGAGGGGGAUGAAUUAGGAGCUCUGUUGAAGAACCGCGGAGUGUGCUUGGAUUUGAGUGCCGGCUCAGGAAGUGCCCUCUCGCACCAGUACAAUCAAGGACAAGUUAACGAGCUUAUUAGCCAUUGUUACGGGGUGCUUUACGGUACCGGUGACAUUCACCCUCCAGAGCCUCCCCGGACCCCGGAACACGAGACACAGGUAAGGUCACGUGCUCGAUCACGUGUCAUUGAGAAGUUACAUAUCGGAUGGUACGGGAGAGUUCGAGUGACAUACAUUGCAUUCAGACUAAGGUAUUAAUAGGAAAUAUUCAUAGAGUAUCUUUGAAAUGUAUAGACAAUAACAAGAACAGACUACAUCAUCGGGAGUUACGUUCCAUUAUCUUUCGCAAAGGACGCACAUCCUCCUCAGUUAUUCUAAGACCCUGAGUGUUGGUCCGGUCUGGGGCUUGUUUGAAAUAUGCCAAGCUUUCCCGUCGGAAGAUGAACAGCACCGUGUUGCAUUUCUAAUGACUCUUGAUCUUUAUCCAGGUUUUAAAUAACGCUAAUCUGGAAUCGUCGACGACUGUCGACAUACGAACAGACACGGCAGCCACAAAAGCGAAGAAAAGCGUCGAAUUCUCCGACCUCCAAACGACGAAAACGGAAAAAGCCACCAAAGACUCUGAACUUGACGACCAAAUCAGGCGCAUGGCCGCCAGUGCGGUUGCCGCAGCGAUAGCGGGCGCCACGGCGAAGCAAAUCGCCAACUCGAAGCAUUCUACGCCCGCAAUUAAAGCGGCGUCUGCUGCGGCGGAAGUGGCGCAAGCCGUUGUAGACGGUAAAAGUGACGCGGCAGCUCAGGCGGUGACGAAAGUGGCGAAGAUAGUCGAAGAUGAGACGUCUAGAGUGAACACUACGUCGACGCAAAAUGGCUCGGCGACCAGGCCUGCUCCCAAGAGUACGACCUGCGUGUUACUGUAGCGACCAAUGAACUGUCCCUGUGCUCCAGAUUUUAUCUGGUAAUUGUGAUUGUGAGGAUCUAGGUCCGACAGAUAGUCGCCAUUGCAUGAGCUAUUUAAAGAAUAACUGCCACAAAUAUAAUGGCGAUUUGGAAAAUAUUAAUUAAUCGUCGAUGGAUGAGUUGAUGAAAAAGUUUUGCUGUAGAUGCGCUGGUAAAGUUUCGUGAAACAGUGAAUCUGCGGAGUGCGAAAUGUUUUCCGCGUGUAAUUUUUGAAAUUUUGACUUUGUACUAACAGAACGGAUACGGCGCAGAGCUCUUUUGAGAAUAUGUUACUUUGACCAGAAACUAAAUUUUGGAAUAAUUUCUUCAUAAACAAGAUCACUUUAAAAUUGCUUCGCUUGUCCGUUUGAAAUGUGUGGCAAAUUGUAGACUGUCACGAAGACGAAUGCUACGUGACAUAUAAAGGUCUGUAACACAACCAAUAGAGCUCGCAAUGUCUACCUGUGCGUGACGCUCAACGAGAAGAGCGAUAUUUACCGAAAGUAGCAUAUCUGGCUUCACUGUAAGCGACACAGAGAGUUUAUGCAGUUCUCACCAACAAUCUGUGGCGAACUUGUUAACCUCGGUCCUCAACAACGAUUUUGAUAUUUUUUAAUUUUUCAUGUAGAAAGACAAUACCGUUAAAAGACUUUAAUAUCAGGAGAAUAUAAAGCUUUGUUCUCCUGAAGCGUUAUCUAAUUUAGGAGCUCGACGUGAGUAACAGGGUUGUAAAUUUGUAAAUUCACAAAUUUAAGAUCAAGUUUGUUAUUGUGUUUAGUGAUUACCGUUCUUCAAAACAUAUUUAAUUUUUUUAGCAAUCCUCGUUUUGAUUUAGCUGUAAUUUAACCCUGCAAUUUUUAAUACAAAUUGCAGCCCAUUUUCAGUCCCUCUGCUCUUUCCAACGGGUAUUUCGUUUCCCGCUCUUUUAAAGCAAGUUUUCCGCCUUGCUAUUAAGGCACUCUGAAAAAUUUUUGUAGAGUCAGUAAUAAAUCAAAUAGGAAAAACGAUGGACAAGAUUGACAAAGAUUGCAACUAACGAGCUUGGAGAAUCAAGACUGCUUUUUUUUUAAGGCGCACAACGAGUGACGUAACUCCUUAGGUAACCUUAGAGGGGUGGGGUGUUAAUUUCUUUGACAAUUUCCCUAAAAAGCGAAAUUUUUAUAUAGAGGAGUUGUUAUCAAUGUUCGCUAUGUCCACAUAAUCAUUUACUGUAGAAUUUGUAAACAUAUGUUACACAUUCAGUUAUUGCAAAGUGGUAUUAUAAAUCAGACGACAGAAAAAAAUUUAAUAUAUUGACGACAACAUUAUACCGCAAUUAAUUUAUUUUAUGCAUUUUAAUAGGUAAUAAUUUUUGUAUAAAGUGAGAUGGUAGUUACAACCCUUAAAUUCUUUCAGCUGGGGAUCUUCAGAAGGACAAAAUUAAAUCGGGUGGUAGUUAUACAUAAUUGUAAUUAUUCACGAUCAGGAGUUAGGGAUUAUUUUGGUUGGUAUCUAAAGGAAAGUUUGGUUUCCAAAACAAUGAAUGACUUGAUAGGAAGUAAUGUCGUUUGUCUCACAGGAAGUGGUUACUUCUGGCCUGGAUUGCGACGUUUAAACUGCAUGCGGUAAGUAUUAUUCUGGCGAUGACGAAGACUGGUUACGUGUCACCUUACGAAGCUCACCCCUUUGUAAUUGGCUGAUUAUUUCAGCGUGGUGUACUGCCGCAUGAGGUGAUGUAGUUAUCUCCUAGGGAAGGUUGGCAAUUAGCAGUCGCGUUCACGUCAUGAGUGACUACACUGAGAGGCAAACUACAGUACUUCACUGCUAUUGUGGUCCUGUUCGUUGUUUUAAUUUGUUAAUAUAUUUCCAGUUGAAAUUUACAUUUGGGCGGAAACCAAUCGGGUUCUGGGCGGUUACACCUUAUCCUAUCGAUGGUAUAUUUAACGCAUUUCUGUAUUAGCAUACGUUCCACAUGUAAAUCCGAAUAAAAAUCGUUUAUAAACCUG